UUCAGUUCUGGGCUUGGCACAAGGCCACAAGCAGCCUUCUGAUCCGCUUUUGAGACAAGGUAAGGAGGAAUAAUGGCGUGGAGAGGUCAUCUUUCUCGUAGUGUGAAGGAGCUUCGCUUUCUAUACUGCCAGACUUCGCCUGCUAGUCUUCCAGCUCGGGAAUUUGUACAUCGAAACUACAAAGAUCUGAAGACCCUAAAUCCAAAGCUUCCUAUUCUGAUCCGAGAAACCAGUGGAGUGGAGCCUCAGCUUUGGGUCAGAUACGACAUGGGUGUAGAGCGAUAUGUGCGGCUGGAAGGCUUAACCGAACCUCAAAUCAACAAGGCACUCGAAGAGCUAGUGAAAGCUGGAGGAAUCCUUUAAACCCUAAAGGCGUCGAGUAUCUUCAUAUCAGACUUUUUAAACUGAAAUAAGAGGAUAUGGUCUUCUUGACCAAUGUGGACUUCUCUUUCAGCCACAUAUCCUGUUCAGUGUCAGCCAUCAACUAGUUGAAUCAUGCAGCGACAACAUGUUCUUUUCUGAAAGCUAAGUUGUUUAAAACAAAGUAGCGUAAUAUUAUGUUACCUGAAACUUUCUUAUAGUUUGGCUGAGAAUUUUUAACUGCAGUGUUGUUUGUGUACAUUCGUGUGGUAAGUCUACACUAAUAUUGAAAGGUUUUAUUGUUAUCUAGUUUUCA